AUGCCAAAGCAAAAUCUGUGGAAAAAGCAGUCUGUCGCGCAGGAGAUGAAGACCCUAGGUUAUGCUAACACAUCCUUGGUUUACAAUAUCAUUCUUAAAUUUUAUUUUCAGACUGGAAACAUUGAGAAAAUUGACAGUCUAAUGCAAGAAAUGGAGCAAAAUGGCAUUGCCAGUGACAAAUUUGCACAUUCCAUACAACUGAGUGCAUUCUCGUCUGUUUCUGACGUUGAGGGCAUUGAGAAGACUCUGACAAGGAUGGAUUCUGAUCCCAACAUUUUUUUUGACUGGACCACUUACACUGUUGCUGCGAAAGGGAAGAAGACAAAUGAAGUCUUAAGAAUUUGGGAACUUUACAAGAAGAACGAGAAGGUUUACAAAGAGCCAUAUAUUAGUAUCAUAGCCUCUUUACUGAAGUUAGAUGACUUUGAAAUCGCAGAAAAGAUUUUUGAGGAGUGGGAGUUCCGGAAUCAUCUUUGUUAUGGAAACGUUAUUCCAAACUUCCUUAUUGAUGCUUAUUCAAGAAGGUCUCGUGGAGAAGAUUAUCUUCGGAAUGGUCAAACUCUGAAGGCUAUGGAAGCAAUGAAGAAAGAAGUAGUGGUUUCUGGACGAAGGUGGAAGCCGAGCAAUGAAAGUUUAGCUACCUGUCUGGAGUACUUGAAAGAGGAGGGAGAUUUGGAGAAAGUGAAGGAUUUCAUGGAGCUAUUACGGCGUGUUUCUUCUGGUACUCCUCUGUUUAGCAGUGCUUUGGUUUCUUUUCCACUGGGAGUGCAAAUGAUCAAGAAAGCAAUCUUGGUUUCUAAGCACAGCUGGACCCCUGGUAAUGACAGUGUUAAUGGCUGUCUGAAAAAACUUGAAAGUGGAAGCUGUGAUUCUUCAGUGCUACUGAAGCGAAACUAA